UCGGAAGCCCCUUGGUGCUAUGGGGUCGGGGGCACUGGUUGGAAUUAAACAAACAGAAAAGCGACUCCUCUGUGCUCUCCUUGCUCUCACUAUGCCAAACUCAGGGUUGGGAAGGGGGGCCCCCCCGCACCCAGAUGCGUGCGCGACUCGGAUGGAGAAGCCCAGCGCGUGUCCCUGGAGACGGCGGGUGGGGCCCUACAUUUGCGCAUGCCCAGGAGCGGCGCUGCCUGAAGACUCACUGCGCAAACGCACGCAAGUGAGCACGCAAGCCAGUGACGCACAGUGCAGGGCGGUUGGUAACAAGAUGGAUCCCGACCUUUUCCUUCGAAAGGUGUCUACAUUGCAGGCCGGCUUCCGAGGCUUCUUGGUCCGACGUCAAUUCCAGAGCCUUCGAGCCGAGUAUGAGGCAAUUGUACAGGAGAUUGAGGGUGACCUCAGCACUCUGCAGUGGACUGGGGGCUGGAUCCCCAAGCCCGUAUUUCUCCCAGAGGUACGACACACUGCAGCGGAAAGGAAAGGAGAACCUGCUAUCGGGUUCAGGGGAAUGGCAAAGUCUCCUCACUCCUGGAAAGCUGAGAAAACAUCAAACCCACAGCAGAAACUAUGGAGCCCUUCCCCAGAUAAAGACUCUGAAAAAGAGCUCAUUUGGGAGGAGAUGGUGCUGAAGAAGACAGAAAAGAGCCCAGCAAAUCCAGGAAGUCUUUGCAGAGAGGACAGCGCCUGGCUGCAGGCUGAGCAGGGCAGGAAAGCCAGCCAGGGAAACAGCCGAGAUACCUCUGUCUCCAAGAUGGAAAAUGCAGACCUAGGAUUGUCCCAGAGCCAACAGGAGCUCCAGGAGCAGCGCAACCACUUAGCCAUGGAGCUGCUGUGGCUACAGCAGGCCAUCAACAGCCGAAAGGAGUACCUAAUUCUCAAGCAAACACUGAGAUCCCCAGAAGCCAGCCAGACCAGAGACAAGCCUCCUAACACGUGCCUGAAGCACAGGGGACAGGCCUAUGAGAAGACCUCGUUGCACUCAAGCUGCGUUCUGGACAACCAAUCCUAUAGAGACAGGAUCAUAGGAGAGUCCCAUCAUGCAGAGGACUUCAGCCACAAGGGCAGAUUGAAGCCCAGGAAACACCCAGACAGUGUGACCAGUGCAGGCAAAACCACUGCUGUGUCUAAAGGCAGGGAGCUCUGCUAUAGGAACUCUGCAUCACAGCUGCCUGCAGCAUUAGAGAGCCAGGCUGGAGGGGACAGGGUCACCAAAGGGCCAGACCACGGAGGACAGCCCUUUAAGGAAACCUCCCUACAGCAGUUGAAAGUCCUAGAGGAUCAGAUCCCUGGGGACCUCAAGUUUAGGAGUCCUUGUUCUAGAAAGGCUGAAACACAGCUGCCCACUCUCUCUGAAAAUCUAAAUAUUGAGGACAGAUAUUCCAGAAAGCCAAGCUACAAGGAGGCUGACAGCCGAAGCGCCGGGCCCUGUGAUUUGAGUAUCUCAGAAGGCCACAUGAUUUGGGAUGAGACCUUGGCAGGGCAGGAACAAGGUAGCCUGGAUCUCAUUAGGACUAAACCACCCAAGAGCCAACCCCCGAGUGCUGGCUCUUCAGGCCAUGGAAAUACCAGUGAGCUUAGUCCAGAAGGAUGGGAAAACCGUGGGACUCUGCAGUGGAGAUGAAGACCACUGGAGAACUUGUCUUCCCCCAAGACAGGACUAGGGGAAGGGCAGAUAUUGGAAAACAGGAGCAUCAGGAAAGACCUGGGGAUCCAGGAGAGGAAGGGUUCCCAAAGGAGAUGCUGUGAAAAAUGACAAGGGAAGCAGGCCCUUGUCCUGCCUCCCUGGUACCACCUGUAUCCUGCCCUUGCCCCUGGCCAUCAGUAGAUCUCAGGCUAAGAGAAGCUAGAGGGCUGAGCUGGUAUGAGGAGAAAGAAGGACACGCCUUUUUACCUUCUGCCUGGGACUUAAACCAAAUUUCACCUCCUCUUGGGGUAAGUAGGGUGGGAGGAUCCUGGAGAAUAAAAGUUUGCCUUGGAUUCUUGGCUGCCAUGCAGGAGGAGCUGUGUGGGUAAGCCCUGGAGAUGGCUGGCUCACCGUCUUGCUUGCUCAGCUGCCAUGGGUGUCCUCGGGUGAGGCACGGCCCCAGACUUCGUCCCAGGAUUGCUUCUGGCUGCUGAUGUGCUUCCUCGUGUCUGUCAUUGCCACACUCCUCACAUACGUGACUUGGUGUGAGUGGACACCGGGAGACCCUCACUGCCUAUAGCUGCUGUGAUCACUUCCCAGCGACAGCCACCCCACUGGGCAAAUGUCCUGCAGAUCAACAUGAAGAUGAACUUUCACAAAUUAAUGCUGUUUACAUGAAUUAAUGACUAUAGAAAUUAUUCAAAUAAUUUUAGGAAGAAAGUUUGACGAGAUGGUUUUAGUUGUUUUGCCAGAAAGACGAAAUAAAGUUAGAGUCAAGACUAGCGAAUAGCGUGUACCUCCUCCUCAUAGAAUAUUAAAUAAAGGUUGCAUAAUAAAACAUUUCACGCCUUUAAUCCCAGCACUCGGGAGGCAGAGGCAGGCGGAUUUCU